AUGAACGUGACGGUGUUCUUUUUGCUUCUCGUGGUCGUGGUGGUGCCGCCAUGGCUCGCCCUCAACUGCUCCAUGUUCCAAUCGCCGCCAGAGAGACCGCCCGCUCCACCCUCUACUUCUUUAUCUUCAACUCUGGGCACGAUCACCAAAACCCGGACCUCCAAAUCGAACAGCACCAUGCUGAACAGAUAUAAAGCCACGGGGGGCUACGUCUGGGUGCGCGACCUGGACAUGGUGGUGACGACGACCGGCUACGUGUGGCACCGCGACAUGCCCAACAAGGAGGUCAAGGCCGGCGGCGGAACGGUGGACAUGCCCGUGCGCAUGGACCGCUCCGGCGUGGCCAAGGGACUCAUCCUGAGCCGGACCAAGGCCGAGCUCCAAUGCACGGCCACUGUGAACGAAACGAUGGUCUACAUCUACAUCUUCCACAGCGAGAGCAUGGGCAACCUGCACGAGGGCUUGUAUGCGAUGUACAUGGCGCUCAAGGAAACCGGCCGCCUCAACACGCCCUUCAGGAUUUCGUUCUUGGAGCGGUGGGGAGCCAGCAACCAGGACUACAUCCGCAUGGUGUUCCCCAACUCCGUGCAGCCCUCGAUGCUGCUGGGCGACAUCGUCGAGCACCACCCGAUCGACUUCAAGUCCUCCCAGCCGCCCGAGGUGAUCGACGGCCUCUGCAUUCGCGAGAUCAUCAUCAUGAAGGACCAGUUCCCCAUCUUCCCGCCGCCGUCCAAGCGCACCCUCGUCGCCUAUCGCAAGUACCUGCUCGGCGUGUUCGGCGUCCCGCAGCCGCUCGAGCACGCCACCCGCCAGGCGGCCACCUUCGCCGUCCCGGCCGAGGCCAUGCGCGGCGACGACGCUCCGCCGUCGCCCGACUCGCCGCCCACUCGGCCGCGCGUGGUCCUGAUCCGUCGCACGAAGGACAAGACGAUCCUCAACAGCGACACACUCCUCCAGAACCUCCGCUCGGCCCUGCGAAACGACGCCGACGUCUUUCAGGUGUCGAUGGAGCUGCUGACGCCCAGGGAGGUGGUGAGCCUCAUGCAGGGCACGACGGUGCUGAUCGGCACACACGGUUCGGGUCUGGCCCACCUGUGGUUCCUCCCGCGCACCUCCUCCAUGAUCGUGAUCCACGCGCCCGGCGCCGACACGCUCCUCAGCCCUAAGGGCUUUUCCGACGGCGCUCCCUGGCUUAUCGACUAUCAGACGAUCGCGAGCAAGCUGAAGAUGAACACGUUCGUCCACAAGGUGGAGAAGCAGGCGGAGUCGAUCGAGGACUGCGGCGCUGGCAGAUGGGGCCUGUACUGCGCCUACGUCAAGAACGUCGAGGUGGAAGCCGACGCGUUGGCCACCCUCACCAAGGAGGCCAUCAACGCCGCCCUCGCCCGAAAGGACGAGACCUUCGACUAA